AUGCCAGACAAUAUGUCUAUGGUCCCCUACAAUGGUGGAAACCUGGAUGUUGUGCUGCGGCACAAUGACUCCGUGGUUGUCUUUGACCGCGAUUCGCAGCAGCUCGUUCUCCGCAAUACGGCCGACACCGAUGACGAUGUAGAGCUCGCUAACUGCCCGCUCUGCCACCGUCCUAUGCGCGACAGUAGCCGGGGACGACAUCGUGGGAAUCACGAGCCAGAGGGGGAAUUCAUCAAUCCUAAUUAUUUUCGCAUGCUCAACAACAGCCUCCCCAGCUCCGCCUCUUCGUCAUCUCCUCCUUCCCCACGCCGCCGUCUUGUCCAACCUGCCCUUCCCGGUACACCGCUCAACGAACCACGCUCUCAGCCGACGUCUGGAUCACAGGGAAUAUCAUCCGCGGCAUUCAGUCCGGAUUACUUCAGGAGAUUCUUUGUCGAAGAACGAAUCCUGGGCAAAGGUGGAAAAGGUGUGGUGCUACUAGUGAAGCAUGUCUUGGAUGGGGUCUCUCUUGGCGACUAUGCAUGCAAGCGUGUCCCCGUCGGUGACGAUCAUGAGUGGUUAGAAAAAGUACUUGGCGAGGUACAACUUUUACAGCAUCUCUCACACCAGAACCUUGUUUCAUACCGCCACGUCUGGCUGGAAAAUGCAAAGAUUAGCAAUUUUGGUCCAAGUGUGGCUUGCGCAUUCAUUCUGCAGCAAUAUUGCAAUGCCGGCGACUUGCACAACUACAUUUGCGGCUCUGUUCAGACCUCGACUACCGCCCAGCAGCUAAAGGACCGUCUCCGGCGGAAGUCGAAGGGGGAACCCGAGCUCCAAACGGGCACGGGAGGUCCCCGCACACUUCAGCUGGAUCAGAUCUACUCUUUCUUCCGGGAUAUCACUUCUGGUCUACGCUACCUUCAUGCCAAUGGAUACAUUCAUCGUGAUCUGAAGCCACACAACUGCCUUCUCCAUGAGACUAGUGAUGGCAUCAGGGUCUUGGUCAGCGACUUUGGUGAAGUGCAACAGCAGAAUGCAAUGCGCAAGUCAACUGGUGCAACGGGUACCCUUUCAUACUGUGCGCCAGAAGUUCUUCGACAAGAAUACCCCAAUGGGCCAUUUGGGAAUUUCAGUUUCAAAUCCGACAUCUUCUCCUUAGGAAUGAUUCUAUACUUCCUCUGCUUUGCAGCUCUACCAUAUGCCAAUGCAGACAUCAUCAACGAGGAGAAAGAGGACUUGGACCAACUCCGUGCGGAAAUUACCAGCUGGGCUGGAUUCGACCAUGCGCGAGCAAUCCGCCCCGACCUUCCUGAGAAACUGUACAAAUUCCUUGAGCGUCUUCUUUCUGUCGACCCAAAUCGACGCCCUUCAGCUGAGGAAGUCUUGAGCGGUAUCCAAGCCGGCGCUAAUGCCAACGGAAACGACAACUUCCGCUUCAGAAAGGCUAGCUCAGCAGGUCUUGACCUACCAGGUGCUCGAAUACGCCCAGUGGACAGCCCACAGCCAUCCAUCGAGCGUGCUCUUUCUCCGACAAAACAUGGGACCCGCCCAUCCGCAAGUUUCCGGCGAGACUCCAUGUUUGACUCGAGUAAUCUUCGAGCGAGCACAACGCCAGCAGAGGGCGUAAGUCUCGAAGAUGACCCAGUCCUAACCCCAAACCAAGACCUCGUUGUUCGACACCGUUACUCUACCUCCCCGCCUUUAUCCCCAACCCGGCAACCCCAUGAGGAAAACUCCAUUGACGCCCAAUCCCACUCUUUCUCCAAACACCAUCUCCUUCCACCGCCACCAAGCCGAUUCCCCUUCCUGAACUCUCUGACAACUUUCUAUCCCUCGUCUCAUACCUUACAAUUCUCUCUCUUCUUCAUCAAAGUCGUCUCAACUCUCCACCCCUGCUCGCCCCUAGCCGUGAACCCCUGGGUCCUCUACCCAGUCCUGCUUUCAGCAGUAUUGACCCUCCAGGUCCGAAGUGUCCAGGCACAACUUCUCGCUGUGUUUGUUCAUUUAGUUUUCAUCGGGCUGGGCAUCCGUCUAGGUGCUUUGUGCAUGUGGCAUCGAGACUCGAGUAUGCACAUGUAA